AGCAACUUUAGGAAACAGAAAAAAAACGAAACAUACAACACUCGGAAUUCGCUGGUCGUCACCGACCCAACUACUACUCGAGCCCUCGCCAGUUUAACUAAGGGAGAGCGGACGGGAUCCCGUGUUCUCUGGCGGGUAUGGUCGUAUGUGCUAAGGCGGCAU